AUGGCUACUGCAGAGGCUGUCAAGGCCUCCGGUGUGGCUGGAGAGUCCUCUUCUGCCUCCCAGCGAGUAGCAAAAUCCGCCCCGUCCACGGACCCCGUCAUUCCUGUCGAUAUUCCUCUGGCAGUCCCCACCACCAACAAGGAGCUCCCUCCUCCUCGACACUCCAAGCCUUCCCAGGUGCUUCGAGGUGUCAUUGCUGUUUUUUACUUUCUGUGCGCCUGCUUAUCGAUUGUACUGACUCAAUGGAUCGGCUACCCACUCAAAUACCAGUCCAAAAUGGCCUGGGUGGUCUGGGUAGAGUACACCAAACAACAGUUCAUCGUGGUGAUGCUGUGUCUUGUUCAGGCACUCACUAGCACAGAAAUGCGAGUUUCAGGUGACGAGACUAUGAAGGGUGUCUUCUCCGUCGACGGAAACGGCUACCUGUCUUCCAGAUUCGAAGAAAGAGCCAUUGUCAUCGCCAACCACCAGCUCUAUACAGACUGGAUCUAUCUGUGGUGGUUUGCUCUCACCAGCGGAUUUGGCGGUUGCAUCUACAUCCUGCUCAAAAAGUCUCUUCGAAGCAUUCCCAUUUUGGGCUCGGGAAUGGCCAAUUACAACUUCAUCUUCCUGUCUCGGAAAUGGGCCGACGACGAGCAGAACAUGAAGGAGCACUUCCAGGGUCUCAACAAGCUGCAGGCCCCCGUCUGGCUCACAAUGUUCCCCGAGGGAACAAAUACCUCCCACAAUGGUACUAACAACUCCAACAAGUUUGCUGCUAAGAUCGGAGUCAAGCCCAUGAAGCAUGUCUUGUUGCCCCGAACUACAGGUCUGCGGUUUGCCAUUGAGAAUCUGGCUCAAACUGUAGACUACCUGUACGAUUGUACUCUUGCCUACGAAGGUGUGGGCCGAGGAGAGUACGGACAGGACUUUUACACGCUUGGAAACGUGUUUCUGAGAGGCCAGGGCCCUGUCUAUGUCAAAGCUCACUGGACCAAGUUUGUCAUCAAGGAAAUUCCCUACAAGGACGAAAAGAAGUUUGAAAAGUGGCUGUAUGAUCUGUGGUACGACAAGGACCAGAUGAUGGACAACUUCAUUGAGACUGGAAAGUUUUUCCCUGAUAACGAGGAGUCUGAGAAGAUUGCCAAGUUGCAGCUGGCCCACCCUUUGCAGGGAUUGCAGGUCUUUGUCAUUCCUGCUGCUGCUGCAUUGAUUUUGAGAUUGGGAUGGAAGUAUUGGCAGACGAUCUGA